GGGAGAAGCAAAUGCGUCAACUUUUGUUUUUGGACUUUUCUCUUCGAAGUGCUGCGUGUGUACAGGACAUGAGUGAAGAUGAAUGAGGACGCCUACGAGGUCCCGGCGAGGACCGAGUACCGCUACCUGGUGCAGGAGGAGGAGGAGGAGGUGCAGUACGUCCGUCACAGACACUACGUGAACCCCCUGCUGGUGCUCUCCAGACGCUGCAUCUUCCUCAUCUGCCUCGGCGUGUUCUCGCUGCUCUCUCUCGCCGCCUACCUGGCCUACAUCGCCCAGACGCUGCCGCCCGGCCUCGCCCAGGUGUCGACAGACUGCGGAGAGUUCAGAGGAAGACACAAACACGGAGCUUACUCCUUUAAGGGCAUGCCCUACGCCGCACCACCCGUCGGUGACCUGCGUUGGGCCCCGCCAGCUGAGCCGGUGUGCAGGAGCGAGAUCACCGACGCGGGCCGUUUCCGCAGCAUGUGCGCUCAGAUGCGGCCGAUGUCGAGCACGGGGAAGGUGAUGGGCCGGGAGGACUGCCUCUUCAUCAACGUGUGGACGCCCACGCUGCAGGCCGACGCCAAGCUGCCCGUUGUGGUCUGGAUCCACGGAGGAUUCCUGCACAAGCUCAGUGGAGGAGAGCAGGGAUACUCGCCCACAGAGAAGCUCGCCGCCGACACGGGAACGGUUUACGUCAGCUUCAACUACAGACUCAACGCCUUCGGCUUCCUGGCGCUGGAGAUACUGAGAGAAGGUUCUCCAAAAAACACCUCAGGGAACUAUGGCUUCAUGGACCAGAUCGCCGCUCUGAAGUGGGUCCAGAGGAACAUCCACGUGUUUGGAGGAGAUCCUGGGAAAGUCACCAUAUUUGGACACAGCUCAGGUGGGACAUCAGUGUGGACGCUGAUGAUGUCUCCGCUGGCGAAGGGUCUCUUCCGUGCGGCGGUGGACAUGAGCGGCUCCUACGUCUACAAUGCGACGCUUGAACAGGCCGAGACCGACAACCUGGUGUUCCUGAAGAAGACGGGCUGCAGAGACCGGAGCUGCCUCCGACGUCUCUCCGUCAGUCAGAUCCUGCAGAACAUCCCGUGGCAGGAGUACCCCUCCUGGGCAGCGGACGAUCUAACAGAUCUCCCCGUUAAAGGGCGCUUCAUCGGCCCGGUGGCAGUGGUGGACGGAUACGUCCUCGAAGCUCCACCUUUUGAGGUGUGGGAGAAGAAAGGCGACCACAGCGACGUUCCUUUCCUCAUCGGGACGACAGAGCAGGAGGCGGACUACAGCCCCCCGGCUGAAAACAUCUCCAUGUGGACGUGGAGCGACUACCAGUGGUUUGUAACAGAAAAACUUCGGACCUUCAGAGAGGAUCUCCCCAAAGAGGCGUUGAACCUGUAUCCGACCUCCGCCCCCUGCCCCACCGCAGACCGCUGUCCAGAGAGGGCCUACACCACCAUGGUGUCCGACAUCCGGGUCACCUGUCCCAGCAACGAACUGGCCUCGAGGGCGGCAGCGGCCCUCAACAGUCCUGUGUAUCGAUAUGUGGGGACGCACACGCCAUCGGGACCGGUCAACACGACCGGCGAUCUGCUGCCGUUCCCAAGCCGCUUCGCCUUUCACAGUCUGGACGCCGUGGCUUUCUUCGGAGGACUGGAGUUCUUCCUGGGCAAGCCGCUCUCUGACAAAGACAAGAGCUUCCAGGAUCUCAUCACACGCCACCUCACCAACUUUGCCAAAACAGGUAAGAUGGAGGACGAGUGGCCAGAAUACCCAGCAGCGACUGCUCUCCUGUCAGACAAGCUGUUGGUGGUAAAGAACUACUCUGCUGUUCGCUGUCAGCUGUGGAAGAUGAACGGCCUGUACGCCUACGCCUGGAUGAACUGACCACAGACGACAGCGUCCUUCUGACCACCCAGUUAUUCAUCACUAGACUUUCUUAACGUCACUCCUUUUUUAAAGUUUGAAAACACAUCGUAAGUAGAACAUUUUGUCAGUUUGAGGUCAGUUUGACUUUGUUGUGUUGUGAAAUAUAAACAGCAUAUCUGUGUUGAAAUAUUUCCAGAGCUCCAAAAUGACAAAAAAAAACAAAAAACCAUAAUAUUUUCACUGAAGCUCCCGUGGAAGCUCCGUUAUUUGUCCGGUGCUCCGUCCCAGACCGACAACUUACUGAACUCUCUGUUGAGCUGGAGGUUAGUUAAAAAGUGUUUUUUUUUUGUUUGGUAAUUUGGGUGAACUGGCCCUUUAACAGGCUGGAGGUGACCACACAUUAAACUGGGAGUAUGUUAAGGAGCCUGGAGGAAACCUGUAGACCACCGUGUGCAGUCGAGUUGUUGAGUGUAAGUUGUUCUGAUUUGGUAAUUGAGCCUGUGUUACAUUAAGAAAGAUCUGAGUGAGCUGUCUUUGAUUUGAUUGCCAGUAGGAUAUGACCAACACAGCGAGUCACCUCCACCUCAACCCUCUGCAGCCUUGUUUCAGCUCAGUGAGUCGUGGGAAGAUUCACCUGCAUAAUUUUCUGUGGGAAAACCUUUUAAAAUGGUUAUGUUGUGAUCAAAGAUGUGUCCUUGCAUCACGACAAUAUUUAAGUUAAAAUGUGAUUUUUGAUGCACAUUUCUUAAACAGAUAUUGCACCUCCUGUGAUUUGAAUAUUGCAGUAGACCUUAAUUGUUCAGCCCGUAUAGCUGCCCCCGGUUUACUGUGCAUCAGUUAGUUCAUCAAAGCUUUAUUCAGAAAUAUGCACCAUGUAGGCACAAUAAAGUAAAACUUAUGCAGGACCUGCUUCGGUUGAAUGGUGCAAGUUCUCUAACAAAUAUGCAGGGGGGGAGGCCGAGUAAACACUCUUUAUCACGAGUAAACUAAACAAUCAGCAGGGUCCCUUUAAUCAGAAUCCUUUUGAGGUUCCAGCAGGUCCAGGGUCCCAGUGCAGUAGGUAUCUGGGUCUUGUUGAAUGCACCAUGUUUGGAGAUUGAGCUCGAGGGAUUGUUCUUUAUCUCUGAGUUGAAGCAUGUGAUAAGGCCCACUUUUCCAGACUUUACAGGCUGACGGCUCUGUAGUCAUUGAAAAGAAGAUGCUGACAGUGAUCAUGUGACUGAAUUUCCCUACUUGGGUCACGAGAUAAAUGAACCGUCUCCAUGAAGGCCAUGAGAUGUGGCUAAAACCUCCGUGUGGAAACUUUAUAGCUUUGCUUUACUAAAAACUGCUGCAUUUAUGUAAAUAUUAGGUCAGUAAGGGAUGAAAUUAAAUCAUUAAAUAUGAAUUUAUAAGUCAGUUAAUCAAUAACAGUUGACAGUUAGUCAAUAAAUAGUUGCUUUUAAAUACAUUCAUAAGUAAAUUUCACACUUCAGGAACUUAAGCUGCUCCGUCAAUAACCGACCCGGUGCGUGAACAUGUGACGCAGCAACUUCCUGUUAACAGUCAGCCUUAAGUAGUUAAAGGUGGGGUCAGUGAUUCUGAUCCAGUACACGUCUCUCUGUCAAAAUCAGCAAAAAUCUCCUCAUGGUCCGCCACCUGUCCGCUCUGUGUGCGCGCUGGUGUUUGGACUCCGUGGAUGGGAAACAAACAACGUGGCGGACCCCUCCGCACUAAGCUAAUCCAGCCGGGAUUUCAGGGAGCGUUAAAUGACUUGCCAGUGGACAUUUAUUAACCCACAACUCGGCUAACGUUGGCUGCUUUACUUGCUGUGUGGCGGUUCUCUCUGUAUCAUGGUGUUUUGUUCUGGUGUUGGAUUUCUCCACAGUCGCUUACUUCGGCCCUUUUUAAAGGGAUUUUGGCUCACCGGUCGGUGAAAACACCGAGAUUCAGUUUCUUGCCAAGUAAAGUUGACUUCAAAUUGAAAUUGAAAUUCAGGGAAAUAACAGAAGGGAUGGUGGGACACGUAGUGACCUCGGUGUUGUGUUAACCUGUGAAUGUGCCGCUGACUCACAGGAUGUUUUGUGAACUGCUGUUUGUUUGCACUGAUUCAUACUCUGAACGCUUGGCCACUAAGUCUUUGCACCUUCCUGACAACAUGAUUAACGUGUAUAUUUUGUUGCAGUCACAGACACAGUGUCGCUGAUUCAACCAGGUUGUGAGUUUAUUAACUUUUUCUUCCUGUUGUUGUUAUUCCAGAUGUUUAUAUGAAGCUGUUUUGUGAAUCAGAUCAUUUAACAGAGUUUGAACCAAACUCUGUCCCAGCUUAUGCCACGUGGUUCUUGUUAUCCACUCUGUAUUACUUUUGUUUUAUGGUUUGUAAACUUUUAUUUUUAUUAUGCUUAAUUAAACUUUUCUUGUGUGCUGAUGCAGCGAAAUGUCAUCACUCUUUAAACACUGAAUAAAUUGACACCACAUGA